AUAUAUACAUGUGUUUUUUACUCUCAGUUAGCGGUUUGGUAUUAAAUAAAAGCUUAGGCAAAAAUUAUCUAUUUUUCAUUAAUUUUUAAACAUAGAAGUACAACUUAAAAUAUAGCAGGUAAUGUACUAAUUAUUUAUACCUCUUUUUUAGAAUAUAUUCUAAAAGAAUGUUCUUUUAAGAAUGUUCUCUUUUUAACUAAACCCUAUGACCUUUUAACCCUUUAACCGUCGAAAGUAGAAACAUCAUAGGUUGAUGAAUCAUUUUCUUUGCCUCUUAAUAGCUUUUAGACGAUAUAUAAAAAUAUAAAUAUAUAAUCUAUAUGUUGACUCUUUAUACAUAAUUUUUUUAAGUUCUAUUUUCUCUAUAUUUUAUAGAUUAUUAAUUGAAUUUUAUCCUAUUGAAAAUGAAAUAAAUAUGAGUUUUAUAGUUAAAAUUAUAUAGGAGAAAUAGUACUUAAAAUAACACAGCUGUAACCGUGUUGAAUAUAUUGCUGUUUUGCAGCAAAGCACGUACUGACUUUUUGUUUCUUUAGCUCUUCUUUUUUUAUUAUAUCGGUAUUGGUUUUCUUUUGUAGUUAUUUACUAAUUUUCUGUUUAACUUGGAAAAGUUAAUAGUUUAGAAUAAACAAUAUAUUUAAAUAUAUACAAAUUAUAGGGGUAUUUUUAUCAUUGUUAUAUUUUAUCUUUAAUUUUAUUCAAAUAGGAUUAAUACUGCUUGAAAAAGAACAACAAUGGGUGGAAAGCAAAGUUCAGAGGCAAAGGCCGAAGAUAAGUCGACGGCUAAACCCUCCGAUGCUUCGAAGCAAGAAUCGAGUGUUGAUAAAAAGGAAGAAAAACCAAAAGAAGAAAUUGUUGCCCCAUCUACUAAGAAUACUGAGGAAUCACCUGAAAAGUGUGUUGAAGUAAAAGAAGAUGGUGAGUGUAAAGGUACGACUCAAGAAUCUAAACAAUCAGACACGGAAGUGAAAAAAGAAAAUGUAAGCGAACCUGAACUCGAAUCGAAACCUAUCGAAAAUGAACCUGUUAAAGAAGAAACAAAACCCGAAAUUGAAGUUACCAACGAUGAACCUGUCAAGGAAGAGGAGAAACCGAAGACUAGUCAGGAAGUUGAAGUAAAAUCCGAAGAUAUUGAAGUCAAGGAAACUAAAAAGGAAGAAGAUAAUGUCGAAGUAAAACAAUCAGAAGAAGUUAAAGAUGGGCAAAAAGAACAAGCUGAAUCACAAAAACAACCGGAACCAAUUACUAGCAGUGAUAUUGAUGAUGUUGCUGAACAAUUAUCAAAUGUUAAACUGGAAGAACCGCAAAAGACUAAUGAACAAGCUGAGCCAAUGACUGUUGAAUCGGAAACCGUUAAGGAAGAGGAAAAAGUUGAAGAACUUUCCGACAAGCCUGAUAGUGAACCUGAACAAGAGUCUGUACAGAAAGUGGAGUCUGAACCUGAAACCGAGCAAGUACCGGCAGCUGAACCUGAAACUGAACAAGAGCCUGUAGCUGAACCUGAACCUGAGAAAGAAAAGGAAUCGGAAGAGGAACAAGCAAAGGAAAAAGACAAUGAAAAGGAACCAGAACUUGAAAAUGUAUCAGAACAAAAAAAAGAGGGCGAUGAAAAAGAAGUCUCAUCGGACCAGGUCACGAACGGUACUGAAGAAGAAAACGGCCUUAAUGGAAAGGAAAUAUCGAACGACGCAGAUGAAAAUACAAAUGGAAAAGCGACUGAAGAAACUGAAAAAAUAGAAGACGUUUGUGAUGAAAUCACAGAAGAGGCAAAAUCCGUUGAAUUUACUUGGGAAUUAGAAGCGGAAGAGGUUUCAGUAGCCGGUUCAUUCAAUGGAUGGACAAAAGUACCCUUGGAAAAAGAAAAUGAUAAAUUUGUUGUUAAUAUUAAUCUUAAACCUGGAACUUAUGAAUACAAGUACUUCGUAAACGAUCAGUGGCUCAAAAGAGACGACUUGGAUAUGAGCGAAAAUGAGGAGAAUAACAUAAUAAAAAUCAACUAA